AUGAGCUCACAGAAGGAAAGCAAGAAACGCAAAUCGGACGCACUGGACCAGGCGUGCCUGGAGCUGAGCGAAGAAGUGGAGAACGCGGAGGAAGUCAUAAAGAAAAAUGAGGAAAUAGAAGAAGAAGAUCUGGAGAUACAGUUCAACAAUUGGAAGGUUAACAGCGGAUUGCUCUACGACUUUGUCAGCAGAAAGGAAUUAGAAUGGCCAUCACUCUCCAUCGAUUUUGGAGACUUUCAUAAUGAGAAUGAUGAAGAUAAUGUGUUUAAUCAGAUCGUGUGCGUAGGAACACAUACGUCGAAUAAAGAGCCCAACUACCUGUACGUGUGUGAAGUGCUGUUCCCUCUGGUGCAGCUCCCACAAGAGAACUGUAUUUACAAAACGAAUGAAAACUACGAAGGGUUUGAUUUCUGUUCUGAUAAGAAGAAGUUUACCAUCCAGUCGAAAAUCGCACACGAAGGAGAAGUCAACCGAAUCAAGUUCCUCCCCCUGGAGAAGAAGAACAUUGUUGUCACCAAAGCGAUCGAUGGGAAUCUUCACCUCUUCGAUAUCAACAAACACAAAAUUGAAACAAGUGAAGAUAAAAUGAACCCAGAAGUCUCCUUCAUUGGAAACUCUUCCGAUGGAUUCGGCCUCGAUUUCAAUUCAGACAAGAAAUAUGCCUUAACCUGUGGAAAUGAUGGACUGCUAAAUCUCUACGAUUACACCGAAUUGAGUAGUAAACAAACGAGCCCUUUCUAUAAAGUGAAAUAUAAGUCUCCACUGAAUGAUGUGUGUGCAACGAAUGAUCCCAAUUUGAUCUUGGCUUGUGCUGAUAAUGGCUACAUCUUGAUGUACGACAUUAGAGUCAAGGGAGAAGAACCCGCCCAACAGGUUCUAGGACAGCAGGUACCCGUUAACUGCAUCUCGUUAAAUAAGUUCACUGGACAUUUUGCCUCUGGAAGCGACAAUGGAAAGAUCAAAAUAUGGGAUAUUAAACAGUUUAGUGAACCUCAGCACAUCAUCCAUGCACAUAAGGAGCCCAUUAUCCGACUCAACUUCUCUCCUAAUGAUUCGUCUAUCCUCGCCUCUGCUAGCACUAGUCGCUUCAUCAAUAUCUACAAUUUGACCAAAAUUGGAGAAGAACUGGAUGCCAUUGACUUGUCCGAUGGUCCAUCGGAGCUGAUUUUCUCUCAUGGAGGACAUACACAGCCGAUUACCGACUUCAACUGGAAUCACCACAAGCAGCUCAAGAUGUUCAUAGGCUCCACUGGCGAGGAUAACACGCUGCAGUUCUGGCAACUCAAGACGGAGCUCCUGGACGAGGCCAACACCGUCCCGACGUCCAACACGGACGUGGAGUGA